GUAUUAAAAUACCUGCGGAAAUUUAGUUUGACUGAGAACAUGGGGGACGUGACACCAGCAGAGGAGACUGAGCUCAGGGCUGCUCGCAGCCAGCUCUUUGAGUCCAGCAUGAGGAAUGAAGCAAGAAGACUGAGGACUUUUUGGCGAUGGCCAGGCACCUCACCUGUAUCUGCCCGCGAUUUGGUCAAGGCUGGCUUUUUCUUUGUGGGUCCAAGAGAUGAAGUACAGUGCUUCUGCUGUGGUGGUGUCCUGAAGGACUGGGCUCCCGGUGAUUGUCCAGUAGUAGAGCACCUGAAGUUCUUCCCUUCCUGCAAAUUCAUUUGUGGUGAGGAUGUUGGGAACCAAGAGAUGCUUCCUCUUCAGGAAAUCUUUGACACUGUGGAUGGGCAGUUCCUCAGUCUUUUGCAGGGGAUAGAUAGUGAGGAGACAGCCCUGCCCAACACACCAGAAUACCCAGAGAUGGUGACAGAGGAGAUGAGACUCUCUACGUUUCAGAACUGGCCACAGUAUACUGACAUGCAUCCUGAGCAGCUGGCUAGAGCAGGAUUCUUUUACACUGGACAAGGAGAUGUUGUGAGGUGUUUUUACUGUGAUGGAGGUGUGAGGAACUGGUCGUUUGGAGAUGAUCCUUGGAGGGAACAUGCUAAAUGGUAUCCAGGAGUUCACCCUCUAAAAAUUGAAUUAAAAUCACUUUUGAUGUUCAAGAACAGCUUUGGUUUCUACUACUCUGAGGUACAAAAAGAAAGAUAUUUUUCAGGGAGUGGCCUACUUCUUGCCCAGAGUUCUGCCUUUUGUGGUAAAGUAUCUGCUCCCUGCUUUACAGAUCCUCUGAGGAAUUGGGAAUUGCAGGCUCCUCCUCUGCAUCAGUUUACCGUAGUGCAGAAUGUCCUGCAGAUGGGCUUUGACCCCACCUGGGUAGCUAACCUGGUAGAGAACAGAUACAUGCUGACUGGGACUUUCUACCCAUCUGAGUCUGAACUGAUUUCUGAUCUGCUUCAGCCAGAUUGGGAAGAGAGCAGCAGCGCAGAGGAAAGCAGAGAUGCUGUUCAGAGAGAGACUGAAACAUCAAGUUCAAGAGAAGAAAUGCAAUCUGUGCAACAAAAGGAAUCAGAUGAGUCUCGGAUGAGCACAGAAGAACAGCUCCGGCGCCUGCAAGAGGAAAGGAUGUGCAAAGUGUGCAUGGACAGAGAUGUGUCUGUUGUGUUUGUUCCUUGUGGCCACCUGGUAGCUUGUGGAGAAUGUGCCCUCAAUUUGAGAUUGUGUCCGAUCUGCAGAGCAGUCAUCCAGGGAAAUGUGAGGACUUUCAUGUCCUGAACCAUGAUGUGCCUAAGGGGAAAGAUAACUCUAUACAACUCAUUCAUAACACCUCUGAGGAAGAACAUAAGUAAAUAGUUUGAUUGAUGCUGGAGCAAUCUUAUUUGCAGGGUAGCUUGACAUAAGUGUGAAAACUUAUGGAAUGUGCCUCCUAUGCACAGUGUUUCUAGUAAGAGUUGCUGGUUUGCUGUACUCUUGCUGAUUUUGCUGCAGGACUGCUCCAGGAAAAAAAAACAAAACUGCUGAUUUCUUUUGUCCUCCAAAAAGAGGCUGUUGUUGAGAGAUUCUCCUCCAAAUUCUUGCAUUCUCAAACGUAUCCCUGCUCUGUGUUGAAAUCAAGGGCUGUUUUCAGUAGAUGGUCUCUGGUUCUUUCUCUCAUUUAGCAGUUGUUUAGAGAUUCUGCUAGGGUUGAUGCCUUCUUCAGUAAGUCUGAGUCAAAAUGGGAGUAUUUUUAUACAAAAUGAGUUCUGCUGAGAUGAGAAUACUCAGCAGCAAUGUAUUGUGGGGGAAGGAGAAUCUAGCUUUUUCUUCUGAACUCUUUGCUGUCUUCCUCUUCCCCCUUGUUGAAUUUUCAACAGCUGAUGGAAUGUUUCAGUAAUUCUCAAAUCCACGUAACUAAGUGAAAAGCCUGGCCUGUUGUAGACUUUCCAACCUCUUUACUCUCAGCUGACCUCUCUAGACAGAAGGUGAAAGGCUCUUUGGUCAGGGUCAUUAGAUGAUCUCAUGGAAGCUUUUUACAGAGCCUCUUCCCUGGCUGUUGGGUACUAUCCUACUAGAAGAUAAUCAUGGAAACUUACCUUUUUUAGGAUUUCUGUUUGCUGGCUAAACUGAUGAUUCUUAUUUUAAAUGGAACAUUCUAUCAUCUAGAUAAAUAGAGGAAAGUUUUUUGUCAAUACUAUAACUGCAGGGGAAAGAAAAUAUGUUUUUAAAAUUAACUGUUCUUUUUCACUGAAUAAAAAGUUUCUUUUGUUUAUUUUACAGAGGUCUGAGUAUCUGAUUCUAGUACCAUGCUCUGUGGGGGGGAAAGGGGUGUGGUGGUGUCCUAAGAUGUUAGAGCAGCAUCAGCUUGUAGAUCACUUGAACUUCUGUUCUUCAGUACUACAUGGGCACGAGUGAGUGAAGCAACUGUUCUUACCAUCCAUUAUCUUCCUUUGGAAUGUGCAAAACAGCAUGUAGGUCCUCCAGACUCUCUUAACUGCAAAAGAAGGGGUAAGGAUGCAGGAGGAUAAAGACCUGAUACUUGAAGCUGUGUAACUGGUGGAUAAUUCUGCAUUUGAACUCGAAUACAGAGUUUCGGUAUGUGGCUCUUAAACACACCUGUGGAGACUGGAGCAGUGGCUCUGGAGUUGCUUCUGUUUGGUUCCAGCCCUGGAUACUGAACAGGCUUGUCUCUGAGUAACUUUAAGGUGUCAGGUAUCCUUGGGCCACAUGGGAGAGCAGGUUGUCUUCAUCUUUUGUCUUCAGAAGAGGGGAAUAUUAAUGCAGCUCUUGGCAACAAUGAGAGAAAUCACUAGUUGAGCAGUUUAAACUCUCCAGUUCUUGGAGGAAUUAAUGGGUCUUUGCCAGACAGCAGCUUUCAUAGGGAACAGAAUUGUAUCACCACGCUGAAUGAGGUGUUGUGUCUGGGUUCAAGCUAUCAUUGGCUUUAUUUUGUCUCUGUAAAUAAUAGCAAAAGCUUACAGUUUAAGUAGAUGUGCUAAUCCGAGAAGGGAAAACAAAACCAGCUCCGUGCUGGAAUAGUUGUUUCCUCCUAAACUUUAGCUCAGUGUGGCUGGAACCUAGCCCGAGCAUCAACAGGACUACAAAACUGUAAAUACACCAGCUAUUUCUGUGGGUUCUUUUAUUUAAGACUUUGAAAAUUGAGGGUUUUCCACAUCUCGAAGUGUGGAGCUGUUACUUCUAUGAGAAGAUGUCACUUCGGAAAUAGGCCUACAUUGUUUUUUGAUUUAGCAAUCAAAUCUCAAGCAACGCCUGUCCCCAACAGAGGGCACUCCUGGCCUGGCCAUAAGGGAUCCCGCUGGAGCAAAACCUUCAGCGACUCCUUACUCUUACAGUACUUUGGGGAUACAACCGGUCGGGAGUCCCUGCCCUCACUUACAGGGUCACUGCAGGACCUGGCAGUACUCAGUGGGUCUGGCACAAGCAGACCAGGAGGAAGAGUUGUCAGAGUAUGAAGGAUGAAUGGCUCUGCUAAUGAAAACUAGAGGAGGUAAUUAAGUGUGGAUUAUGAUCUGUGGUAGCUUGUCUUAUUUUCUUCCUUCUCAGACUGAUUUUUUUUUUUUUUUAUGAUUUAUGGGAGUCAUUGAUAUAAAUGUUAUAGGCUUACCUGAACAUUAAGUAUCUUUUAAUAGAAGUAAAAUAAAUUACCUAUGUUCAUCAUAAUAGAAUGGUAGGUAAGAAGCUACUCAGUCAUCACACUUUGUAUUUAUUUAAUUGCUCUUUACCAGUGUGUAUGAAAGUCGAGAGGCAUGCUGUUAAGUGCAUAGUUUGAUGCUUAGUCUCUUUAGAAUACCUGGCAAGUGGUUUUGAUCAGUUUUAUUAGUAAAUGUGACAUGAAAGCUUGGUCAGUUUGAGAGGUAUAGUGUUAAAAAUGUGCAGACCUCAAAAAUAAUUCAAAGAGUUCCUUUUGAAUUCAUCCUACCAUCUAGAAAAAACUCCUUCCUGAAACUACUAGUGAAAUGUUUCAGCUGUUCAAAGCUAAAACUGUGCUUUCUCCACCAUCUGUGCUGAAUUUUGGUUGCUCUCAAACAAGGCCAAUCAAGAAUGCUGGUAUCUGAUAGACAACAUUUCUUGCUGAGGAAAAGAAAUCAUAUCAAACCAAAAAGUGUGAAGUCAGGGUUUUCUGAUGAGGAAAGGGAAGAUUAAUUUCAAAAGCCCCAAAUAAAUGCAAUCUCUCAUGGAACAAUGUCCUUGACUAGAGGAUAUGUAUUCUUCUAUUUCUUUUUCUGACACCCCCCACCCCCCCCAGGGAACAUCAGGUGGGCAAGUAGGAGUGAGUAGAAUAGAAAUGAACUGACUCUAAGAAGAGGUGGAGAAAGUGCUGGGAAGGUUGUGUGUGCACACUAUGCAUGCUGUCUAAAUGGUGUAGUUGCUUGUGUUCCACUACGAUACAUGUUUUUAACUUGGUAGUGGCACAGUAUUGACUAAUACGGGAGGUAGUUAUGUUUUAUCAGGCGGAGGGGUUGAGCUAUUUCUUCCUCAGAUGAUGAAACUAGUAUCAAACCAGCAACUAUCCUGCUCGGUCAGAAGCUGUAGCUUCUACUGGCUAAAAGAGGAAAAAUUCCUACAGAAGACAACGUUUUUACUUGGCUGUACCUGAUCAGAGCUCAGGUUAUUAGGUUGCAGUGUGGGUAUCUGGAAUGCAAAUUGCACAGAAACAAAAAAUGUUCUCUCAGUGCUUAUACUUUGGGGUUUAUAGAAGAGGAUUUUGUUUCCUGGAUCCUUUGUAAUGGGACAAAAAAAAAAAAAAAGUGCAUCAUUCCAUCUUUGACUUAGCACUUAACGUUUUUUAUUUCUUUUCAUUCUUCCCUCGUGCUUCCCCUCCCUAGCAUGGCUUCUAGCUUGACUCUUCUGCAAAGCAUUACUCAGAAAUGCCAAGUAAUCUCAAACAGAUUAGGCAAGACAAUAAAGAAUUACAGCAGCACUUGGAGGUACCAGCCACGGAAGGCUGACAAGUGCUCUUUCUCUGCUUGACACUUAACAUUCUGGGAGACGUAUAGCUGCCAAAACUGACAUUGUGUUUUGUUUGGUUUUUUUUAAUUAAUUGCUGCAGCUCAUUAAUGCAACUUAAUUACACUUAUAUUCCCCUUUCCUUCAGCCCGUUCCCUCCCCUUAAAAUUAUCCUGUCACAAAAACCCCCUUCCGUCAGGAUCUUGCCAGGUUUGUGCCUAGAAUAAGUGUGGCUGCUCAGUGAAGAAGGCAGGUACAAAACCACCAUGACCCAUGAAGAACCAGGCAUUUCCCAGUGUCCUGCAGCGGGCUCCAGCUGUGCCUACAGCUACACCAGUGUUAAUUUCAUGUAGAUGGGCAAACCCAGAGUAAGCUACAGCUGCUCUGAGAAUGGCUUGGCAUGUUGAAAUGGGGCUAAGCUCCACGCUGAGUACAGAUUUGGUGCUUGUACUAGUUUUUAGCCAUUCAGCAUUAUAGGAGUUAGGUCACAGAACACUAAAAUCCAGGACAAAUGCCUACUGCUAAGGUGCUGACCAUGUCUACAGAAUAGAGAAUGAGGAAGGGUGUCCUGGAUGGGUGGGGGAAGAAGGGAAGAGCUCUUAUCUAUAACUUUAAAAAAAAAAAAAAAGCCUAAAUAACUCAAAAG